UAGUUAGAUUUGUGUAAUGCAAUGUAAAUUAUAAUUGUAUACAAUUAGCAAGAUCUAAGAAAAAUCACUGUUUUAGUUAUGUAGGUCCCGCGUGUUGUAAGUUUUGAAAUUGAUAAAAUUACGCUUAUGAAAUGUUAAAAUUGUUAAAUGGCAAGGGGGUUUGCUUUUUCACAAAAUGAAUAAUGCCCAAGAAGAAGUCGGAAACGACAUGUGUAAAAACCACACUGGAAGAUCCGAAAAGGAUUUUUACAGGAUUUGUCCUUCAAAAUUAAGUAAGCGUGAGCUAGAAGACAUGUACUUUGCUCUUGUCGAAAAUAACAUGGAUCUCAAAAAAACUGUAAAUGGGCAGCGGGAACAGAUCAAACUUUUGAACACUAAAGUCCAGAGGAUGAUGGCUCAGCGACCCACUACCACUAAGGAGCUAAAGGAAUGCUGCAUCAAUAAUAAGGCUAUUAUAAAUGAGCAAAAGGAUGUCAUAGCUGAUCUGAAAAAAAGUAAUGAUCGUUUAACAGAAAGGAUUCGCUUGCUUAACAUGAGACUUUGUUCUGCAAAACAGUUUCUCAAAAAAGGCCAGUUACCAAGCAGUGCCCGAUGUCCAAAAUGUUGCAAUGGUGUUCCUGUAUCUGUUAAAAAUUCAUCUACCACUGGUCUUACCACAGAAGUGAUUGAACGCAGCGUUAAAUCUGCAAAUGCAUCCUGCCAAUACUUUGCAAAUGUUACAUCACCAACACCCGGAUCUUCUGCAAGAGAACAGCUAUUGGCUGUUGAUAAGACAAAUGAAUUGUGCGAUCAGAACAAAUGCCGUACUGCCAUGGAGGAGCUUAAACAGAAAACAUUAUCGCUACAAGAGGAGCUAUCGCAAACGCACGAAGAGUAUGCGUCACGUAUAAAAAAGCUGGAAGAUGAAAUGACGCGUCUCAAUACUGAGAACGUACGCGUACGUUCGGUGUCUACGUCUAGCGAACAUCGUGUGGAAGAACAAAGGGGGGAGAUAUCAGAUUUAUUGCAAAGGUUGAGGAAGUGCGAGGCUAAAUGUGAGCACUUGUCAGUCCAGUUAAAGAUAGAGAGAAGUCGGUCGGCGGAACUAGAGAUGCAAUCGAAGGCUUUCUAUAUGUCAUCGACCAUCGCCACGGCUGUUGAACAACACCUAGCCGGAUUAAAUUUAAAGAAGGAGGAAGAGGAAACAAAAUUAAAACGCGAUAUGUCAGCACAAAGUGUUGACAACAGUUCUAUGUAUCAUUGCCAGUUCCAACUAAUAGUGCCCAAUAACUCUAUUUCAUCUCAAACGGACAAAGUAUCAGAAACAAGUGCGGAAAAAGUAAUUAAUCAGCGUUCAGAGGUCGACGAUUCAGGGUAUGCCGAAAAUAGCAAUGCGUCUUGUGAGGACUCAACGAAAAAGGAUAUCAAAGUCGUGAAUCAAAUUGCCGCCCUUCAAGAGCAGUUGGACAAUUUGAAACAGUCGCUUGGAGAAAAUCGCGACAUUGAUUUUGACGAAUCCAUUUUACUGAGACGAAAGUCUUGUUUGGAAAGACCAUCAUGCAGUAAAAAAGAUGACUAUAGAAAUCCACCGGUACCGGAUGAUUGCGAUUUUCUUAUAAGGACAAAUGGCCUGAAUUCUUUCAAAAGCACAAACGAAUGGUGUAAAGACUAUGACAGAAGUGACGCAGAUUAUUCUAGCUGUAAUAAUUGUCCGUCCAUAGUAUCUAAUGUAAAAGAUAAAGAAAAAUGCAAUUCUGAUGACGAAAACUAUACGAUAGAACAGGAUUAUGAAAAAGACAUUUUUAAUAACAAAGAUGUACCGAAACUCGAUUUAAGCGGUGUUAACGAAUCCAGCCAAGACAACAAAACAUAUAGAAAAGAUAAUGAUGAAAACAACGCUUGUGAAUCAAACCAUAGUUUUCACUUCACAAAAGAAACAAUAACUAAAAUUGAUGGCAAACUCGUCGCUGAACCGUUUCAUGAGAUAGAUAAAAAAGCAUCGAUAGAUGACUUUCAGAGAGAGAAAGAUGAUUAUCAAGCAAAUAAUAAUUUCGCAGCUCUAUCGAAUGUAAAGAAAACUUCGUCUUCAAAAAUCGAGUCUGAGAAUUUUGUGUCAACCGGUGUUGAUCCUAUAGAGUUGCCUUUGGAUAGGUUUAAAGAAACUGGUGUUCAUACAGAUGAGACAACUUUGUCUUUAUUAGAGAAGAAUCGCCUUGAAAUAUGUGAGCAAUCAGUCCGCGUGUGCACUUGUCCCGAGUCCGCCCGUCGCGGAACCUCAAUGUUCCGUUCGUGUAGUGGUACGCUUCGGUUCACAACCACGAUCUCUAACAGCAAGUUUCGGAAGUGCGAUUGUGCCGAUAAUUUAUCUCUGGAAAUGAAAGGUGUAAAAGGUUCCCAAACUUACGUUCGUCAAACAUCCACGCCACACGGUACAUUUGUUAUACAGGGUGAGGCAAUUUUGGACUCCAUGUCACCCAUCACAACCGGCUAUGAAGUAUCCUCCUUGACAGAUUUACCUUCGGAAAGGGAAGCUGUAAGUGCGCAAACGUCGUUAGGCCAAGAUAAGGGCACAUUGACACAAAGCGACGAAACGCCGCGCUCAACCACGGACUACGGUUCGCUCAGUGAAGGCGAGGUACCGAUUUCUGGACGUAAACGGCUUUCGCUUGGUGAAACGCCUCUUGAAGUUAAUUUGCGACGUCGAGAAACAUCUACUUCAGAAAAAAUGGAGGACACAUUGCGUGCGAUCAGCGUAGAGUUGUCGAAAUGCAGGCAUUUGUUACAGAUGCAAUCCUCGCGUGAGUCCUCCAGAACACCUCAAGACGCAACUUGUAUGACAGAGUCAAUUGACAUCCCGAAACCUGAUCAAAAUCACCCGAAUUACCACCCUGAUAGUCGAAGUCAAAAAGAUAAUCGCAACAUCGAUACUUGCGACUUUGAGUCGAAUACUCGAAAUUUGGACCUGUAUAAUCGAAAUAUUCGUAGUAGCGAAACGUCGAGUCGGAAAAGUGGGCUGAUACUUCGUAAAUGCGACGCGAACGAGCGUGUUGGAGGUAUAUCUGCCAAAUGCGUGUUCACCUUACACGUUGGGACUGUUAUCUUGUCUGAUCAGGCAGUAAUAAGCUCCCGUGGCAAAGCGUUAACAUUAACAUGGCGAUUCUACGAUCAGCCACCGAGUAUGACCCAUCAGCUCGCGGGACGAGUGAUGCAUUUUGACUUCUCAUUGGAGUAUGAAUCACGGCUAUCUCAAAACUUUAUAGAUUAUCUCAAACAUGAGGAGAUGCCAAUUAUUGUAUGUGAGAUAGACAACCAGGAGAAGCCUUUCGCGAGCUGCCUUCUCCCAUUGCGUGACGCGUUGUUGCAUACGAAUAGAAGAGUCGAUAUGUCUUUGGCCCUGAUUUCCGGUACUGAUAUUAAGAGUAAGACAUCGAUGAAUAGCUUUACAAUGAACGACGAGUUGGGGGUGUUAGAUGUGUGGUGUAUGCUGCGGGUACCUCCCAGCGUGAUGGGAGUCAUCAAUGACGUCAUCUCACAGACUAUCGCAAGUUUCCAUCAUCACCCUUCAUCCAUGGAGAGGAUAGUUGAUGAUGAUCACUCGGAUUUUCAUCUUGAUCAGGAUCUCAACCUGCGUAGAACGAGUAAAACACGUCUAAUGGAAUCGAAAUAUUCAUACGACUCAGAAAAUAUUUACGACAUAAUGAACUCAAAAAAGUGGCGGACAUCGAGUGCUCUGAAACAAGCGGAUGGACUUCACAAGAAGUCUGUAACAAUUCUGAAAAAAGUACCGCAAAGACCGACAUCUUCGCAGCUAAUUGGAAAACUAUCAGAUGAUAAUAACACCUUGGAUAUUACGAUUCUUUGGCUAGCGUUAAACGAAGAGUGUCGAGCGAUGAACGAUCCAGUUGUUAAGCGAAUAUAUGUAGCUUUCGCAUUUCUGGGCAAAGCCGGUGCGGAUAUGGAAACGCCUAGUAGUUUGCCAAAGCCGAGGAAUUUUAUGGAUAAAUGCCACUUUAAUUUUAGGAAAUCCUUUACAAUAAACGAAUGCGACGUGGUGGUAGUGGGGCAAAUGGCACACCAUCGCCAGGAUAACACCAAGUCUCCAGACCCAAAGGAUUGUAUUAUCUUUUCCAUCAUCAGCGAACCACCUGAAGAUCCACUCGGCUUGGAGAGCUGUGAGGAUAUCGGGUACGCCUACCUGUAUCUCGGCGAUGCAUUAUCUUCAAAUGGCAACACUUACACUGAGGUGCUGCCUAUCCGAACUCCGGACGAGGCCUAUGUGUGUGGCCGAUUAGCUGUAAGGAUCGACGGGCUGGCAGUUAUACGAGCCUGUGUCGAACGAACACGCUCUUCCAAGUAGAUCCAGAAGAUAAAACUAUAAUGUCUAUGGAUUACCUUCGGAAUAGAUCCAGUAAGCUAUGUCACCCUAGUCCUUUAUAAAAUUCUUCCAUUGGUUCCAUUAAGCCUUAAUUGAGAAUA